AUGGCGUUCUCCAACACACUGAGUGGACGUAUGGAAGAACUGCGCUUCCCCAACCUGCGAUCUCCAGAUGCCGAAAGUCCAUACAGUUCGAAUGGCUCCUCUACACGAGAACAAAAUCCUUUCUUCUCAAACAUGCACUCCUCAUCCAACGACGCCCGUGCGAGCCUUCAGCGUCGCUUUACAACGGACUCGAGUAAGAUGCCUGUGGCCAGACCCUUUGGUCAGCAAUAUACGUCUAUGAACUCGGCAGCGGCGAAAAACAAACAAAUGUACGAGGACAUUCAGAAUGCGAAGCGCAAGGCAGAGGAGCAGCUACGGCUGUUGGAGCUGCAGGAACGAAGCCUUCAGAUGGGAGCCUCUACUCAGGACCUUGAGCGGAUGAGUACCCGUCUGAAUCGAAUCAGUCUGAACGGCCCUGUCAGCGAACCCACCACUCCUCCAGAGUACGCUGAGAGUGGCUUCAGCAACCGAUUCUCGCGUUCCAGCAGGCUGUCUAUGAACAGUAUCAUUUCACCUCCGGGUCUCAGCAAGCGAGUCUCUCAGUCUAGCUCUCAAGUCACCUCGCCUCCACCAAAUCGUCUUUCAGGCAACGGCAUCUACGGACAGUCCCAGAAACCUUCUGCAAAGUCAGUACCGGGAUCUCGAAGAGGGUCCGAUGAGGACGAAUACUACCCCGACGAUUUGCCUACCACUCGAGCUGCUGCUUCGUUGAAUCGCUUUUCUAUGCCAGUCAACAGCAGUCGUCAUCCGCAACGUCUCAGUGUAAGUGGCACAGGUGGCAAUUCAUUUGGUCUUGCAAACACCACCAGCUUUCUCUUUGAUGAGGAUGAUGAAAGACUCAACCCGCUCGACUUGACUUCUCCUGUUGCAAAAGCUUUCGCUCAGCUUGAGGGUGACGACACCUUUCCAACAUUGACGAGUGACGGUCUCAAGCUUUCUGCCAAUUCUGCUGCUUUGGAUCUCGCAAACUCCAAGACGCCAGAUCUUGACUGGACUCUCGGGUCUCGCUACAGACCAGCCCAUCAGAGCAUGCCUCACACCGACUCUUCCAUGUACAGACCUAUCCUUGCCAACCUCAAUCUCAGCAGCCCACCAGCGGACCGUCCUGCCGAUCUGACGCGUCGCAAGUCUCAGCGCCAUUCUAUGGGAGUCACAUUUGAAGAUUCUGCACCUGUGCCAGCAAAUCUGACCGUCUCUCGGCCCACAUCUCUCCAAACUUCUUAUUCAACCAACGACGUCCCAACAGUCAAGAAAUCUUUGACUUUGGACACAGUUCCGACGCCUCCCAAGACGCAAGCUGAGCAGCAAUUCCACAACCACAACGUCAGUUUGGGACGUAUUCCUGCAAGCGCGGUGAACAAUCGUCAGAGCAGAGAAGUCGUCAACGGAUCAGUCAAGCUAGAAGACAAAACCCUGCCCGCUGCAACCCCGCUGUCAAGUUUGCACGCCAGCGCAGCACCGUUCAGCACGUCUUUCACCACCGCCUCAGACUCCAACGUGAUGGCUUUGACCAGUCCAACAUCGACAUAUCCACCUCCACAACCAUACAUGUACAAUAUGCAAACUUUCAACGUCAACCAGAUGAAUCCCCAAGCCCCUGCUGCCGGUGCCAUUCAGCCCUUUGGCCAGGCUCAAGGCGGGAUCUAUGGUAUGAACAAUACGUAUUCUGGGCCGCAGCGUUCAGGCACUGGUCGCCGUAACCAUGGUGAUGAAGCCCGAUUCAACAACGUCCCACUCGAGUCAUAUCGAGGAAAUCUGUAUGAGCUCUGUAAAGACCAACAUGGCUGUCGCUACCUCCAGCGCAAGCUCGAGGACGGCAACGAGGAGCAUAUUCAAGCCAUCUUCGUCGAGACAUGUCCUCAUAUCAUCGAGCUGAUGACCGAUCCCUUCGGCAAUUACCUCUGCCAGAAGUUAUUCGAACACUGCAACGAGGAGCAGCGGACCACCUUAAUCAACACCGCCGCACCAGCUUUGGCGACCAUUGCUCUUAACCAACAUGGAACACGUGCCCUUCAAAAGAUGAUCGAGUUCGUUCACACUCCAUCCCAAGUCGACACGAUCAUCCAAGCAUUGUCUCCUCGUGUCGUCGAACUUGUUCAGGACUUGAACGGCAACCACGUUGUCCAGAAAUGUCUCACGCGUCUAGGGGCCGAACGUUCUCAGUUCAUCUACGAUGCCGUUGGCAACUUCUGUGUCAUUGUCGGCACUCAUCGUCACGGAUGCUGUGUGCUCCAGCGCUGCAUUGACCAUGCCCAGGGCUUUCAGCGCGCUCAGCUCAUCGCCAGGAUUACCCUCUGUGCCUUUGACCUUGUCCAGGACCCAUUUGGCAACUACGUUGUCCAGUACAUUCUUGACCUGGAUGAAGCUGCGUUCACCAAGCCUCUCUGCGAAAAUUUCUAUGGCCGUGUUCCAGCCUUGUCAAAGCAGAAAUUCAGCUCCAACGUCAUUGAAAAAUGCCUGCGCACCGCAGACACCGAUACCAAGAGAACUAUGAUUGAGGAAAUGCUGAUGGGGAACGAGCUUGAGAAGAUGCUCCGCGAUUCCUUCGCCAACUAUGUGGUCCAGACCGCCAUGGAGUAUGCCGACCCUACCACCAAAAUGCGUCUUGUGGAUGCCAUUCGCCCCAUUCUUCCCCUCAUCAAGCAAACUCCUCAUGGCCGACGAAUUGCGAGCAAGAUCCUUGGAAACGAUGUGACGGGUCGUGGCAAUGCGCCUGCCAACGACAACAUCCUCGCAAGUUUCAACAGUGGCCGUGCAAACAGCCGUCGUAAUGUUCAAAUUGUCGGUGGCGGCUUCAACGGCAUUCGCACUUCCGACGCCUACGGUUCUACCGAUAUUUCCAACAAUGUCACUCCCAAUGGAAACUCCUUUGGAUUGAUGGAUUCCACUGUCAACAUGUACAACGCGCACAAUUUCGCCAACGAUCUCGGGCCGAACGGCUACGCUGGCUUCAUCAAUGGUUCAGUUGGCGGCUCCAACAAUGUCAUUUGA